GAGCGGGCUUGCGUUUGUGUCGAUAGUUUAGAUUCAGCCUGUACGAUCGCCGUUCCGCGGAAUGAAUAUGCUCUCCAGGGCUGUAUGGUAGGGCUAUGGUAUGGAAUAGUACCACUCUUUUGGGGUGGAAUCGAUAGAGCACAUGUUGCUCUAGAUUACCACUGUAUCUAUCUCUCCGACAAACAACGAUAAUGGCAAACAAAGACUAGUCUAAUAACAAAGUUGUCACAACAGCGACAGAUCCCCUUUAUCACUCUUUGCCAGAAUCUUCAAUCAGAUCCUUUUGUUAUCUUCGUGUCUAUUUCCGAGAUCCCAUGAUCAAACUGACUUCCCGCAAGAAGGGGACCAUUCCUCAAAUGGGCCAUUCCUCUUCUUCAGCAUCUUCUCCUCCUUGGCUUCGCUAUGUCAUUGGCUUUCUUGUGUUGCUAGUGAGCAUGGGGUUGAUUUUCUACAGCCUCAGUUAUGAUCUCUGUCUCUUUGACCAUCGCGAUGGACUCCUGAUGAGUAGUGCCGGUACCACCCGUACCACACAACAAGAAGCAGCAAAGGAAGUACCUUAUAAUGCCUUUGCCAAUCCCAAACUAAACAAUCCACUACAAAACAGCACUCAUGCUACUGUCAUGGGCAUGGCAUUUAACUACGGCGUUUCCACUUUCAAAUCCUUUGUUGGAUCCCUGCGACGCACCGGAUAUCAAGGACACAUUAUUCUCGCCAUUUCCGAUGUGCCCGAACCUGGCGUGGAAGACUAUUUGCGCCAGCAAAAUGUCGUCAUGAAAAAACUCAAAAUUGUCGAUUGCCAAAAGGACAUUGAAGAUUUGAAAGAAAAGGAAAAACAGGGGAAAAAGAAAAAGAAAAAAAAACUGGGAAAAAAAACUGAAGCCAUGACGUGUGCGCAUCCACACAAUGAUCUCAAAAUACGAUGGGGACGAUUUGCCCUCAUGAAGGAUUGGUUGGAGGAAUGCACCACGUGUACGGGGUCGGUCCUCGUGGCGGAUGUCCGUGAUACUUACUUUCAGAGAGAUCCUUUUGGACCCGAGGCUCCUCCCGUGACGGGAUUGCAAGUCUUUGAAGAACAUCGCAAACAACGCACGACACAUUGGUUGGUCCAAGUUCCCGUCGAAAAGUGCAAAAAGACCAAAAUCUUUGAUGAAGUCAUGUUGUGCAGUGGGACUACCAUUGGAACGCGGCAUGCCAUGUUGCGGUAUUUGGGAGAUAUGGCCGCCGAAAUGAGAGUUUGGAUGAAGAACCCCGAUUGUUGUUGCAGUGGACUCAAAGGAGAUGAUCAAUCCAUUCACAAUUGGCUCUUUUACUCGGGUGGGUUGCCCUACGCCAAGGCAGAACCGAAUCGUAUGGGAUUGGUCAAUACGGUGGGUGUGCAAGGUACUAUUAUUGGACACUGGAAACGAAAAAAGCUCGCGAAACAAAACAAUAUUGGCGACGGAUCAGCAGAUGAAUUGCCGUACACCAGCAAGAACGAGGAAGAAAAAGGACGAUGGUUGGGAGAAGAGUACGAUCAAACGGAUGAACAAGGGUACUUUUUAGACUUUAAUGGAGAACGAAGCUUCAUCGUUCAUCAGUUUGAUCGCUAUGGGCGUCCGGUGGACCGAUGGUUGGUGGAGCAUGGUCCCUUGAAGGGGCUGUAA